UCCAAUGCACACACAGAGCGGAGCAUAAACUUUCCGCAACCACGCCGAUAAUUCGCUCAGGGACUUACUACAAUAGAUAAACCAAGCGGAUUGUAUCGGGAAUAAGACUUGAUCAUGUAUGUACGUAAUUGUGAAAAUGCAUAGUUGGACUAUGCUACAUUAUGGUAUUUGAUACAAGAAGUGUGAAGAUAUCAAACGUAUUGACUACAGAAAAGACUUGGGAUUUUUUCCCGACAGACCCUGUGAGACGGACAUUUACUUCCCUCGGUGUCGAUUAUAUGAAAUAUUAACGGGGAUAUUUACCGAACCGUUGUUGGGAACAGGGCAACUUCUCUUUGGUCGUUUGCCAAAUGCGUCUACGGGUUGGACAACUACGGAAUCUCGUUUCUCUGGCAUAAAACCCACUGGAAAUCAUUGAGUAAGGAGAGGGCACAAAUCUUCUCGUACCUUGCUCAUAUUCCUAUUUCCCUCGUUGGUUUUAUGGAGGUAACUCUGGGUUUGGGUGCUUGACGCCGUUGGACUGGGUGCUUGACGCGGUUGGACUGGGUGCCGGAACACCUCGGAUUGUAUUCACCCGUCUCUCCCUCUCUCCCCUGGGGUUAUUUUUAUGUCCGAGCUGACCGCUUUAUGACAAUGGAUUACUUGCUGGUUUUAUGCAGCCUCUGGUUGCACAUGGCCUCAGCUGUUGAAGAAACAUUAAUGGACACCAAGUGGGCCACAACUGAGCUAGCCUGGACCGCUCAUCCUGAAACUGGGUGGGAGGAGGUAAGUGGCUACGAUGACGCCAUGAACCCCAUCCGGACGUACCAGGUGUGUAACGUGCGCGAGGCCAACCAGAACAACUGGUUACGCAGUGACUUCAUCCCACGCAAAGACGUCCUCAGAGUCUACGUGGAGAUGAAGUUCACUGUGCGCGACUGCAACAGCAUCCCCAACAUUCCCGGCUCCUGCAAGGAGACCUUCAACCUCUUCUACUACGAGUCCGACUCAGACUCGGCCACGGAGACGAGUCCAUUCUGGAUGGAAAAUCCCUAUGUGAAGGUGGACACCAUCGCGCCCGAUGAGAGUUUCUCCAUGUUGGAGUCGGGAAGGGUGAACACGAAAGUACGGAGCUUCGGACCUCUUUCCAAGACUGGGUUUUACCUGGCAUUCCAAGAUCUGGGGGCUUGUAUGUCGUUGAUUUCUGUCCGGGUCUUCUAUAAGAAGUGUUCGACCACCAUCGCGAACUUCGCCGUGUUCCCCGAGACGGCCACGGGGGCAGAGGCCACGUCGUUGGUCAUCGCGCCCGGAACAUGUGUUCCCAACGCUCUUGAGGUGUCCGUGCCUCUCAAGCUGUACUGCAACGGGGACGGCGAAUGGAUGGUUCCCGUGGGAUCGUGCACCUGCGCGUCCGGGUUCGAGCCCGCGAUGAAGGACACCCAGUGUCAGGGUGAGUGUGACAUCAAGGACACUCAAUGUCAGGCUUGCAGCCCGGGCACGUUCAAAUCCAAGCAGGGCGAGGGUUUCUGCACACCCUGCCCACCCAACAGCCGUACCAGCUCUGGCGCAGCCAACGUAUGCUCCUGUAGAAACGGCUUCUACCGCUCAGACACAGACUCACCAGACAACGCCUGCACCACCGCUCCCUCGGCCCCGCGCAACGUCAUCUCCAACGUCAAUGAGACCUACCUGGUCCUGGAGUGGAGCGAGCCUCGUGACUCGGGCGGUCGCGACGACAUCUUCUACAACGUCAUCUGCAAGAAGUGCCUGCCCGAGCGUGGCAUGUGCUCGCGCUGCGACGACAAUGUAGACAUCUCGCCGCGCCACCUGGGCCUGACGCAGCGUCGCGUGGCGGUCCGAAACCUGCAGGCCCACACCCAGUACAGCUUUGAGAUCCAGGCCGUCAACGGCGUGUCGAAUAAGAACCCGUACACACCGCAAUACUCCGCCGUCAAUAUCACCACCAAUCAAGCCGCUCCAUCUGCAGUACCUACAGUUCACCUGAUGGGGGCCACAGCUAGCACCAUGAGUCUUUCCUGGCUGCCCCCUGAAAAACCCAACGGGAUCAUUCUGGAUUAUGAGAUUAAGUACCAUGAGAAGGACCAGGGAGAAGCUAUUGCCCACACCAUGACCGCCCAAAGGAGUUCUGCCCGCAUCGAGGGGCUGAAGGCCGGCACGCCAUACGUGGUCCAGGUCCGGGCCCGCACGGUGGCCGGGUACGGUCGCUACAGCAGCCCCGCCGACUUCAGCACCAACCUGCAAAGUGACCCAGAGAAGUCUCUUCAGGAGCAGCUGCCCCUCAUCGUGGGUUCUGCCACUGCCGGUCUAGUCUUCAUCAUAGCUGUCGUUGUCAUCGCCAUCGUCUGCCUCAGGAAGCAGAGGAAUGGCUCUGAGUCAGAGUACACAGAGAAACUUCAGCAGUACAAAUCCCCUAUAGUCACGCCGGGAAUGAAGGUCUAUAUCGACCCCUUCACCUACGAGGACCCCAACGAGGCCGUCCGAGAGUUUGCGAAGGAGAUCGACAUCUCCUGCGUGAAGAUCGAGGAGGUCAUCGGCGCAGGUAACCAACCAAAGCUCCUGAGCUACAGGGGGAAGACUGCUAGUCACCUCCAGGCCAUACCGUUAGAGGACUUCACGCCAAGCGGAGAGUUUGGGGAGGUGUGUCGUGGACGUCUGAAGCUGCCCGGACGACGGGAGAUCAUUGUGGCUAUCAAGACACUCAAGGUGGGCUACACCGACAGGCAGAGGCGGGACUUCCUGAGCGAAGCGAGCAUCAUGGGACAGUUUGACCACCCGAACAUAAUCCGGUUGGAGGGCGUGGUCACCAAGAGCCGACCAGUCAUGAUCGUCACAGAGUUUAUGGAGAACGGAGCACUGGACUCUUUCUUAAGGCUCAAUGACGGGCAGUUCACAGUGAUCCAGCUGGUGGGCAUGUUGCGUGGCAUCGCCGCGGGCAUGAAGUAUCUUUCUGAUAUGAACUACGUUCACCGGGACCUGGCAGCUCGCAACAUUCUGGUCAACAGCAACCUGGUGUGUAAGGUGUCCGACUUCGGCCUGUCGCGAUUCCUUGAAGACGACGCCACGGACCCAACCUAUACCAGCUCACUGGGAGGCAAGAUUCCGAUUCGCUGGACGGCUCCCGAGGCCAUUGCCUACAGGAAGUUCACCUCGGCCAGUGACGUGUGGAGCUAUGGCAUCGUCAUGUGGGAAGUGAUGUCGUACGGAGAGCGGCCAUAUUGGGACAUGAGCAACCAGGAUGUUAUAAACGCAGUGGAGCAGGACUACCGGCUGCCCCCGCCCAUGGACUGCCCGACGGCACUGCACCAGCUCAUGCUUGACUGCUGGGUCAAGGAAAGGAACCUCCGGCCUAAGUUCUCCCAGAUCGUCGCAACGCUGGACAAGCUCAUCCGCAAUGCCGCCAGCCUCAAGGUGGUCACCAGCAGCACGCACUCUUCCGGGGCGUCGCAGCCCCUGCUCGACCGAUGCGUCCCCGACUACACCACCUUCACCACCGUGGGAGACUGGCUGGACGCCAUCAAGAUGAGCCGCUACGGUGACAAUUUCCUCAACGCCGGAUUUGCCUCCUUCGACCUCGUGGCCCAAAUGACAGCAGAAGAUCUUCUUCGGAUAGGAGUGACAUUGGCAGGCCACCAGAAGAAGAUUCUAGGCAGCAUUCAGGACAUGAGACUACAGAUGAACCAAACACUACCUGUCCAGGUCUGAGAUGGACCAACCAGAGAGACAGGACAGGAAGGAGAGGGAACUGUGCCAGAGAGAGAGAGAGAGAGAGAGAGAGAGAGAGAGAGAGAGCCAAUGGGAAACCCUAGCUGCCUGACCAUCUCAGCCAAUCAGAUGAAGACAAACCUGGCUUGCAGUGCCUCGAAGGGACUAGACGUUGUUUCUUCUUCUUCUGUCUUCCGCGCCAAUGUUUCCUGUUGUGUUCUAUGUUAUUAGUCCCACGUUUUGACAAGAUUUAGCUGAAUGAUUUUUGUAUAAAAAAAAAAAAAGUUUCUAAAGAGAAGAAACGGAACCCAUAAUCCCAUGCGUGCCUCACUUGGUCCCGUGUGGGGUGAUCGUUUGCAUGCGCGCGUGUGUUUUCGUGAGGAUGGCUGGGACUCAAACCCUCCACCCAACCCAUCUCCUUGUAUCCUGAACUUGGUCAUCCUCCUGUGAAAACCCAUCUCCUUGAACCUUGAACCUUGACCCUAACAUCUGUCGGACAGCCCCCCUGACGGACAUUAAAGUUGGAAGUGGACGAACACUGUUUGAGUAUAAAAAUACAGAAAAAAAAGCUGAAAAAGUGAACAAGCGUUCGCACACAAAAAAAUGAAGUGUUUGGACACGAUAGAUGAAGUCCCUCCCAUGCUACAACUUGUUUUAGUGUGUGUGUGUGUGUGUGUGUGUGUGUGUGUUUGUGUUUCUGUUUCUGUGUGUGUGUGUCUGUGUGUGUGUCUGUGUGUGUGUGUGUGUGUGUGUAUGUGUGUGUGUGUGUGUGUGUGUGUGCGUGUGUGUGUGUGUGUGUUAUUCCCCAUCUUCAUAUUGAAGGUGUACUAUUAUGCACAAGGCCACUGAGAAGGACGUGGAGGAGAAGUGUAAAGGGUGAAAAAUAAGAAGAUCACCAGAGGUCAAAUGAGAGCAUCUGAGAUGGCCGCGCUAGUUUGGCCCCAAAAGUCUCCGACCGACCUCUUUCUAAGACGUAGGGGAGAACAUUGGCUCAUAUGCCUCAUCAACUGUGUCUGUCCUACUAUGAUAAAUGUUGACUAUUUGUUUUUAUCAGCUCUCCAUUUACAUUUUCUGUUCUAUAGUUAUUGGGGUUUGUGUUUCAAGAUAGUACUUCCUGUUUGGGCUGGUCAGAGUUUAGUACUUCCUGUUUGGGCUGGUCAGAGUUUAGUACUUCCUGUUUGGGCUGGUCUGAGUUUAGUACUUCCUGUUUGGGCUGGUCAGAGUUUAGUACUUCCUGUUUGGGCUGGUCAGAGUUUAGUACUUCCUGUUGGCUGGUCAGAGUAUAGUACUUCCUGUUGGACACUUUGAUGUCGGGGAGCUAGGCGAGGACUGUGGCAACAUACCUGACCGACUGGCCUUUUUGUGUGUGUGUGUGUGUGUGUGUGUGUGUGUGUGUGUGUGUGUGUGUGUGUGUUUAUGAAUGCGAGAGUGUAACAAGUUACACACACAUAAUGUACAAUGCAGCUUCAGCUAUAUCCCCACUGUGGAGAAUUAGGCGCAUGAACUGAACAGUGACAAGGAGCAACAAUUAUAUAUCGGAAACAGUUACGCUUUAUUCUGUGGACAAACUGUUAAUGUUUUUAUUUUUAUGCAUCCACAAUAGAGCAGACACACGUAACUUUCUAUUUACAUUUAUCUGGAUGUUAAAUUAAUCCAAAACUCGAGUUAAAUUUCUCUACUUCCACCCACUGUAUUUAUUUCUCUCCCCACUUGGACAACAGGCCAUUUGAACUGUGGACUUUAUUCAAAAGAAUGAUGAAGAGGAAACAGAAGUUCCAAGAGGAUUCAGUAAAUGAAUUAAUGAUUAUAAAAAAAAAAAUGCAUAUAAAAUUGGAUAUUGUAUUUUUGUUGUUGUUCUAAACAGCCUGUACAUGUUUUGUAACAAAAAUAAGAUAAAUAACAUGAAAACAAAAUGGAGUUUGAUCAACUGGGAAA